AUGAAGGUCCUUCUCCUCUUUCUUCUUGAGUAUUCUACCAUUUCUGGUGCCGCAAUUGGUUUUGAAGUUACAGAAAGCACUAUUGACUCUGAGUCAACCGACUUAUGUUUCUUCUGGCGUUCAUCAUGCAGCUCAGGAGCUAUUAUAGGGGCUAUUAGUAAUCUAAGCACUGUUUUUCUUUCAAUUAUAGUAAUUAUUUCACUGGAGAAGCAUGGCUGGACAUCUGCUUUACUUAAUAAAUCAAAUACUUGGAAUUUUGUUUUUAUAUGCUUUUCUGAAGAUUUAUAA